AUGUUUGAAAAUGCUGUAAGUAAAUUGAAUGCCACACCAUUACAUUUUGCUUGUUUUUCAUCACGAGGUGAUGAUGAAUGUUUGAAAAUGAUUAAGUUAUUAUUUGAUGGUGCUAAACGAAAAGAUUAUAUCGUUGAUGACGGACCAACACCAUCUCGUACUUUUUAUGUCGUCAUUCCCGUUGAUUUACAAAAACAAGCAGAACACGAACAAAUACGACAAGAUAAAAAGCAAAGGAAUUUAGAUCAGUACGUUAAUAUGAGAAAUUCGGACGAACAAACAGCGUUAACAAUAGUCACUAACCGCGGUUUUGCAGAAUGCGUUAAAGAACUAAUCAAAUUAACAAAUGAAUCAAAUCUGUCUAUGGAAUCUGCAAUUAAAUCAAACAAUAUUGCAAUAUUAGACAAAUAUUUGGAAAAAUAUGAAAAUAGCCAACAGGCAUUGGGUGGAAGUGGUAUUCAUCGACUAGUUAAUGUUAAUCAAAAAUCGUGUCUAUAUUUACUUCAUCUGGCAUGUAAAUAUAAUAAUGAUGAUAUACUUGCUCAUAUAUGUAAAAAAGAUGAAUUAAAAGAAAAACCAGAACAGCUUAGUGUUAAAGAUGACAAUGGCUACACACCAGUAUUAGUAGCUGCUAAGUAUGGUAAUAAUAAAUGUAUAAAAUAUUUAAUAGAAAACCAUAAACCAGAUUUAAAGAUUAUGAAAGAAAAAAUAAAAAAUGAAAAAAAAAAUAUUUUACAUUUAUGUGCAGAAAACUGCAAAAUACCACCACCGUCACCACCACCACCACCACCAACCCGACAGAAUGGUCAUAUUGAAAUAUGUAAAUUAAUAAUUAAGGAAUAUAAAAGUUUAUUGGAAGAUGUUGAUUAUGAUGGUAAUUCACCAUUACAUAUAGCAUGUAAAUAUGGCCAUAAAGAUCUUUCUGAAAUGUUUUUGACAGCUAUAAUUGAAGAUAAUAAAUCUAAGUUGCAAGGAUAUCUUUUAAAAAAAAAUAGCAAAUCAAGCACAAGCGCUAUGGGUGGUACAGCAUUACAUGAAGCUACAAUGAACGGUCACAUAGAUAUUUUAAAAUUGAUGUUUAAGAAAAUGGAUGGUAUAGAGAUUAAAGAAUUUCUUGAUUAUCAAUGUAAAAAUAAUGAUGGACAAACACUUUUACAUAUGGCUUGUGCGAAAGGUCAUAUUGAAAUAGUUAAAUAUUUAAUAGAAGAAUGGGAUGUGAAUGUUAAUUCAUUUGCUGAUAAACGUGUUACACCCAUUUAUUUGGCAUGUGAAAACGGAUAUUUAGCAGUUGUUAAAUAUUUAUUAGAUUACACAGAUGCUGAUGCAACUAUUCGUAAUGCAAAAGGUUAUAAUUGCUUAGACAUAUCAAUAGAAAAUCGUCAUGAACUUGUUGUUGAAAAAUUACUAUUAUCUGAUUAUGAGGAUUGGGAAAAAUUAAUGAAAAGUGCACAAUUUGAUGAACGCAAUGUACCAUUAACACCGAUGAGAAGAUUAAUUAUAUAUAUGCCUGAUAUUGCUCUGAGACUAAUUGAUAAUAAAUUCACCAAAAGAAUUGGUGGGAAUAAUGGACAAACAAUGUAUAGUCUUAAAUAUGAUUAUAAAUAUUUCGAAGAUCAAUAUUUAAUUUUGGAUUGGAUACACGGAUAUCGGCACAUUGAAGGAGAAGAAUGGUGGAAACCUCUUGACCGCACCAUACAAUUAUGGUCUAAGGGAAUAAAAGCGGAUUCUUCAAUACGCGACCCAGUAAUACAGAAAAAAUUGAUUAAUCCAAAAACAUAUACCAAUGAUAGUUACACGUUAGUUCGGAAUCAUCCGUUACUGUUACUAUCACAAUGUGAGCAGACAAAGUUAAUGUCUCAUGAUUAUUGUAUUCAAUUACGUAAAGAAAAAUUUCGUCGUUUUAAUGUUUAUGUAUUUGGUAUAGUAUUCUUAGUAUUUUUAUUAUUUGUUGCGCUAUAUACAACAAUUGUCUUAACUAGCACACAUCCACAAAAUUUUUAUAAUCUAUAUAAUCAAUCAGAUCCAACAAUUAAUCUUCAAUGGGAUUAUGGGUUUAGCAUACAGUUAUGUGAAAAAGUUGGAAAUUAUUUAUUACAAACACAAAAUGAAAAAGCAAAAAAAGAUGACCGUUAUCUUAAAAUUAAAUUUGCAUUAUAUGUAUUUUUGAUAAUAUUUAUUACAAAAAAUGUAUUUCUAAUAUUGGCUGCUUUUCCAAGAUUAUUUCGAAAACUGGCUUAUUAUUUAGAAUCUUUAGCGUUAGUUUUAUGUUUCGUAUUUCUUCUUGAUUGGUAUGAUUGGCAAUCUCAAUUGAGUUUUCGAUGUCCAAUUCAAUGGGAAUUAGUAAGUUGUCGAUAA